AUGGAGUACCACUUCGUGCCCCCCGAGGAGCGCGCAAAAGACGACAAGGGAAAUCUUCUGCCGUGGGGAUAUGUUUAUAAAGACGAAGCCCGCAACCCACGACGACCGCCCGAGGAAUCCGGACCCUUUGGCCGACGACGAAAUGCUCGCUACGAACAUGCCCGCUCUCGAACACGCACCGGCACGCCCGCGAAGCGCGAGAACCCCAACGUCGCAGAGUUCGGACGGCUAUUCGCCCAGCAGCAAGAAGACGAGAAGAGCCGCACCAACACGUUGCCUAAGUCGUCAUCCUCCUCGAACCUUGACAGCCAGCGCAAGCAGACCGAGAAGGUAGCGACCGAGUGCAUCCUCUACGGCUACAAGAGCAAGGACUCGGAGUGGAAGGUCAUUGACAAGUUCGAGCGCAUCUCCGGCGGCUUCAUCUGUGAGGAUUAUCCGCGAACGGAUCCCAACUCGUCGGCUGGGUACGCGCAGCUGCUGAGCGGUGGGGACGUGGUGAUCCGCACGAAUCUGUCGGCGGAUGCGAAUCGGAAAUCGAAGCGCUAUGCGGGCGGAUAUCACUGGAUCAAGGUGACGUUUGACUCGUCGUUGGCGGCCGAUCGGGCUUGCUUUUACUCGCCGCAGGAGAUUGACGGACAUCAUGUUAUUUGUGAGAUUUAUCAUGGCCAGGGGCCCGCGGAGGAUGCGCCGAUUCCUGCUACUGCUGCUGCUGGGAAGACAGAUGCGUCGGCGUUGUUCAAGACGAACCCGGCGCGGACCUUGACGACCUCGCAUUCCACUACGUUUUUGCAGACGCAGAAAGGGAAAGAGCGCGCCGCUUCGACGCUCCCCAGGUCGUUUGCCAUGAACAAUCUAUCCACCGUGCCAGACGUCGAGGAGGAUGCGUCGUUCGCGUCCACCGCCACUGCCAGCUCCGCUACCGCCACGGGUGUCGACACGAUCAACAACCAGAACACCUCGUCGUCUCCGGUUCACCAGCGUAACGUCCCCAAGGACGUUCCCGUUCAAGCUCCCCAGGAGAAACCAGAGUCCGAGUUCAUGACGCAUAUUCCCACUGUGCGAAGGGCGAAGCUGCGACCUCUCGCCGAGGCCCUGCCGCCUCAGCCGACGGUGACGGAGCGGGUCCUGCGCUCGAUUCCUAUCCUUAGCUGGUUCACGGGCGAUAUCGUCGGCGACGGACCGCAGCUGAAAGAGGACGGGACGUUCGAUUACGACAAAUCAAACUCCUACUGGCGGUUCUGGAACAUGCUUGAUCGAUUCCUGGGGACGGAUAUCUGUGGAUUGAAGGAAGAAUCUUAA